UGCAAAAUUUGAGCUUCCAGGAUGAUGCUAUGCAUCUAGGAUCGUUCAUUUCCAGAAAAUUUUGCACUUUGAAGCAAACCCAUUCUUCAUCACACCUCAACUUGAAUAUCAAAGCUUUGGUCCAGAAAGGUCAGCAUUUUGAAGCUCUGCAAUGCUACUCCAAAGAACCUCUCAAAACUUUCAAACUCACCUUCCCAGCUCUCCUCAAAGCCUGCGCGUCUCUGCAGAGCCUGAGCAUCGGAAGGACCAUCCACGCCACGAUAAUUGUGAUGGGUAUGCAGUGCGACCCUUACAUGGCCACCUCGCUUAUCAACAUGUAUGUGAAAUGCGGGUCAAUCUGCAAUGCAAUACAGGUGUUCGACCAUAUUCCCAAGUCGGAAGACGUGACUGUGUGGAACGCUAUGAUUGAUGGGUAUUUCAAGAACGGGUUUCGCAAGGAUUGCGUGGCUCAGUUUCGCGAAAUGCAGGCGUUGCGGGUGAAGCCCGAUGGGUAUACUCUUAGCAUUCUUCUUGGAGUGUUCUCUGGGGUUUCAACGGGGAAGGAAAUUCACGGCUAUGUGAUUCGAAACUCGUUCGAGGGCGACCCUUUUAUCGUGACGGCUCUGGUUGAUAUGUACACAAAAUGUGGCAGGGCAAUGGAUGCCUGGAACGUGUUUGAGAGCCAGGGAGACAAGAGCAAUGUUGUUAUAUGGAAUGCAAUGAUGAGUGGGUUUUGUGAAAAUGGGUUGUGGAAUAGGAGCUUGGAGUUAUAUUCAUUAUUAAGAGAAAGGAAUUAUGAAAUCAUGUCAAGCACUUGCUGCAGUGUAUUGACUGCCUGUUCUGAGGGUGAAGAUCUUGAGUUUGGCAGGCAGGUCCAUUGUGAUGUUGUUAGGAUGGGGUUUGGGUCUGAUCAGUAUGUUCAUACCUCUCUAUUAACCAUGUAUGCAAAGUGUGGACUGAUAGAGGAUGCAGAGAAAGUUUUUGGUUCUGUAUUAGGGAAGGGGGUCGAAACGUGGAAUGCUAUGGUCUCUGCUUAUGUAGGUAAUGGCUGGGUUCAUGAAUCUCUGCUUACUUACAAUCAAAUGAAAACAAGAGUUGUUGCAUCUGAUUCUUUCACAAUAUCAAAUAUUUUAACUUCGUGUAGUAUAAUUGGUUAUUAUGAUUUUGGUAGAUCGAUUCAUGCUGAACUGAUAAAAAGACCAGUGCAAGCUUUUGUUUCAGUGCAAAGCGCACUGAUGACCAUGUACUCGAAAUGUGGGAAACUAGAGGAUGCUCUCGAGGUUUUCAGGAGAAUGGAGGAGAAGGAUGUGGUUGCGUGGGGUGCCAUGGUGUCGGGUUUUUACAAAAAUAAACGAUAUGAAGAUGCAGUUGGUUUAUGUAAAGAAAUGGUGAGUUUCUAUAUGAAGCCAGACCGAAAUAUAUUGGUGAUGGCGAUAAAUGCCAGUGUGGGGGUUGAAAGUCUAGAGUUAGGCUGCUCUUUCUUUGGGCUCGCUAUUAAGCUUGGGCAGGAAUCAGAUGCUUUUGUGGGGAGUUCUUUGAUGGAUCUUUAUUCAAAAUUUGGGCAGCCAGAAAUGGCUAAAAGAAUAUUUUCUGGAGUUUCCAACAAGAACGUGGUGGUUUGGAAUUCUUUAAUCUCGUGUUAUGCCCAAAAUGGCCUCCCGGAGCUGUCUAUCUCUGUUCUUCCCCAAAUUGUACAGCACGGCUUAAUCCCGGAUGCUGUUUCAGUCACUACUGCACUUGCUGCAGUUUCAUCAGUAGCAGCACUACUUAAAGGGAAGGCCAUUCAUGGUUACCUUAUAAGAUAUCAGAUCCAAGAAGAUAAUCAAGUGGGAAACGCCUUGACUGAUAUGUACAUCAAAAGCGGAUGCUUGAAAUAUGCAGAAUGUAUUUUCAAUAACAUGCCUGGUAGAAGCUUGGUCACGUGGAAUUCUAUGAUUGCCGGUUAUGGAUCCCAUGGCGAGUGCUUCAAAGCCAUCAACUUGUUCGGUGAAAUGAGAAGAUCCGAAAUUACACCAGAUCAUGUAACCUUCCUUUCCUUAAUCUCUGCCUGCAACCAUUCCGGUUUAGUAGAUGAAGGCUUGAAGCUGUUCCAGUUAAUGAGAGAGUAUACGAUCGAGCCUCAAAUAGAUCAUUAUGUCAAUAUCGUGGACCUGCUUGGUCGUACUGGGCAGUUGGAUGAUGCCUACAAUCUCAUACUGAACAUGUCGAUGGACCCUGAACCGAGCAUCUGGCUAUGUUUAUUGUCUGCUUGUCGAGUCCAUCGUAAUGUAGAGCUCGGGGAGCUGGCUGCCCAGAACCUCCUGAAGAUGGAAGAAACCCGAGGUAGCAAUUAUGUUCAAGUGCUGAAUCUGUAUGGGGAGGCUGGGAUGAAAGAAAAGGCGGCAAAUUUGAGGGCUCAGAUGAAGCAGAAAGGGUUGAAGAAGAUUGGUGGAUGCAGUUGGAUUGAGGUGAAAGAUAGCACUGAUGUUUUCUUCUCAGGUGAUUCAUCCUCCCCCAGGACAAUUCAGGUAUAUCACACUCUUCAUAGUCUCAGAAGUAUUAUGAAAUGGAAAGGUGAUUAUAGUGAAAGUUGCCUACAAUGACUUCAUUCUUCUCAUUUAUCAACUCAAUAUUGUGUAUCCUGAUAUUAUAAAUUAUGAAAAAUUCUAUGGUGUUAAUUGACACU